ACUAUUCUUUUUCCUCACGAUUCUUGUCAAUCGCGACAUUAAUUAUAAAGGCAUACUAAACACAAUUUCCGCGCAAAAUGUGUUAGUUCUCUUUGAAUCAAUCAGAUCAACCGAAUUUCUCAUCCUUCAAUUCCAAUAAUGGAGUCCGUUCUCAAUUUCAACUCAAUUUCUCCAAAUUCCGUCCUUAAUUAUCGCCUUUUCGCGUCCACUUGCACGGCCCGUCCCGUUACAGGAGAUCUCUCCGUUCCUAAAUCUCGCCGAUAUUUACCUCAACGAGAACUUUCUAGAUCUUUCCGGCUAGCGUCUCUUCCUUCCACGUCAGCUAAUGCUGCUGCUACUUUUUUCACUUCUCAGCCAAGAGACGGACAUUACUCAGUUGGUGACUUUAUGACUAGGAAAGAAGAUUUACAUGUAGUAAAAGCUACAACUAAAGUUGGUGAAGCCCUUGAGAUGCUUGUGGAAAAAAGAGUUACUGGGCUUCCUGUAGUUGAUGAUGACUGGAAAUUGGUUGGCGUUGUUUCUGAUUAUGACCUACUGGCACUUGACUCUAUAUCAGGAGCUGGCCAAGCUGACACAAAUCUGUUUCCUGAUGUUGACAGUACUUGGACGACAUUCAAUGAGGUCCAAAAGCUACUGAGCAAAACUAAUGGAAAAGUUGUUGGUGAUGUCAUGACACCAACUCCAUUGUCUGUCCGUGAAAACACCAACCUUGAAGAUGCUGCAAGGUUGUUGCUUCAAACAAAGUACCGUCGGCUGCCUGUUGUAGAUGUUGAUGGCAAACUGGUUGGGAUUAUCACAAGGGGCAAUGUCGUUAGAGCCGCUCUGCAAAUAAAACGCACUAUCGAUAAUAUCCAAUGACACCUGGUUUCCAGUGCGUACGUUAUCUGUUCAUGUCAAGUCAUGAUGCUACCGUAUUAAAAUAUAUAUUCUCUUCCAUUCUGCGUCCUUGGCUUCCUACUAUGCCAAGUAUGGCAUCAUUGGGAGAAGGGGGAAGCAGGGGAUUACUUUGCCCAAGGAUACCUGCUGGUAAGAAAAAACGUGAUGCCCGUGAGCUCGAAAUCCAAGACAGACAUCCGUCUGGAGUCCUUGUUCAUAUCUGGUUAUUUCUGUGGGUUUCACCAAGUCGAGCUUCCCUUACAGAGUCUGAUUCGCUAUGUAGCAAACAUUUGUUAUAAGGGGGGCUCCCAUAUGGAUGGACCCCGAUGCCCGAUAGUACCAUUUGUUAGUUUUCAAAUUUGUAGUAGUAUGAUAACUUUAAUGAUAUUUUCUAUGUAAUGUAUUACACUUUGUAAGGAAACACAAGAGUUUGACAACUCGACACUCGAUUGCCACGUUAUGGCGCAAUGGCAAAAUUAGAUUUUAUUGUUUAA